GCAAUACCAUGUUAAUAGAUAAGCGUGAUUUUUUAAAGAAAAAAAAAGUUUAUGGGGAUGAUAGCCAGGGUAAGAAAAAGACCACUUCAGAUUACACCAAUGCUCUUUGCUCGCACAUUUUUAUAGCUAAAGAAAUCAAUACAUUGAUUACUUGUGGAAAGGUAAGUGAUACUGCUGCUCUUCUGAGGUCUUCGUGUGGUCACUAUCGUAGUUCCUCUGAUUAUGUCUACCUCUGGUCAUAUUUCACUGGUCAUUUUCCAUAUUUGAAGAGGUCCAUCAUGAUCAGAUUUGAUGUUAUUUACUUUUUUUUAUAAAUAAAAUUUUGUUUUUCCCAAU